GUACAACCUAAGCCUGGAAGGGCACUCCAUAAGAUACUAUUCCGUCCGAUAAUAAUAACUCCGUCAAUACGACCUGCAAGUUGCUUGGAGCACAAUGGUUACAGAUGGAUAUCACUUUUGCCAGAGUUACCCUCCUGAAGCCGACCUGUGCUAUGCGCGCUAUAUAGCGUCAGACUCCAGAUGCCCAAGGACCGCAGAUAACUACACAAUCCUGCCCUCGGUCUCAGCGACUUGUCCGAAGUGACUUUCCCGAGUACGCCUGUCGCAUCCGCCACAGCACUCUGUUUCGAUAUAGUCCGCAGAACAGAACUCCCUUCGACUGACGGAUUACUCGUGUGAAACGCAGACGAGUCAACAAGAACGAACAAACCAAGACCAACAACCCCUGGUUAAGCCGCUGGGUAGACCCCUGAACAUAAGCCCUCCACAUCUCAACGCAAGUGGAGUUGUCAGGAAGACUGGGAAAUGACCACGACCACUGUGACAGGCACUGGGCGGCGCGCUUCAAUACGGCAACCGGAACUGCAGACGUCUGUGAAAGUAUCCAGCUCUCAACCAAUGGCCAGCCCCAUUGACAAAUUUCCGCCGUUCCAUGACGAGCAAUAUGACUCGAGCGAGCCGAAUGGGCAUCAUCCUACGACAAUAAAGUAUGCGCCAAACGACCGGUGGGACUACAAACCAGUCAGAGACCCAAAGCGAAGACCUAGGAAGAGCAUUAGUGAGACUAUAAGUGCCAUUCGGACCCGCAAUGGGAGUGUCAGUGCGAAUGCGCAAGAUCUUGCCCAAGCUCUCAAAGCUCCUGUUUCGUAUAAACUAAUCGUGCUUUGCCUCAUCUGGUAUACCACCUCAGCUCUCACCAACACGUCAUCGAAAUCCAUAUUGAACGCGCUCCCGAAACCCAUCACCCUUACAAUCGUCCAGUUUGCCUUUGUGUCAAUAUGGUGCCUGCUGCUUUCGCAUCUGUCAAGGGUACUACCCUGGCUGAAAACGAGCAUACCAGCACUCAAAAAUGAUAUUCGCCCACCGUCACGCGACGUUUUAAUGACCGCAUUGCCCCUCGCUGUUUUCCAACUCGCAGGGCAUAUCCUUAGCUCCAUGGCUACUUCUCAGAUUCCAGUCUCGCUUGUUCAUACUAUCAAGGGACUUUCACCUCUUUUCACAGUACUAGCAUAUCGCUUUUUCUUCCGCAUACGUUAUGCCAAGGCAACAUAUCUAUCCCUUGUGCCACUUACGUUAGGUGUUAUGCUUGCUUGCUCCACCGGAUUCUCCACGAAUUUCUUUGGAAUCAUAUGCGCCUUGAUUGCAGCUAUAGUCUUCGUCUCACAGAACAUCUUCUCCAAGAAGCUCUUUAACGAAGCGGAACGCGCGGAGUCGGAUAUGCACUCCUCUGGUCGCCGGAAGCUAGACAAGUUGAAUCUGCUCUAUUAUUGCUCUGGACUGGCCUUCAUCCUUACCUUGCCAAUAUGGCUUGUCAGUGAAGGUUAUCCUCUGUUCGCCGAUUUUAUGCACGAUGGUUCCAUCUCUCUGUCAGGCAAAACUGGCUCAUUGGAUCAUGGCGCUCUAGCGCUUGAGUUCGUGUUCAAUGGGGUAUCCCACUUUGCUCAAAAUAUCCUUGCUUUCGUUCUCCUUUCCAUGAUCUCACCCGUAUCGUAUUCUGUUGCGUCUCUAAUCAAAAGGGUGUUUGUGAUUUUUGUCGCGAUCAUCUGGUUUGGCAGCAAUACAACCCCAAUUCAGGGUUUUGGCAUCGCUCUCACUUUCCUUGGGCUUUACCUCUACGACCGCAACAGUCAUGAUGACGCCGCAGACCAAAAAGCGAACACCGACCACUUCCAUUCCAAGGGCACGGUACUUCCCUUGAGCACCCGUACGUCAAGCAAGGUCUGGGAUUCAAACGGGUACUCUUUCCCGCAAAGGCGGCCUGCCGGUCAGCAGUUUCCGGACAACUCCUUUUCUCUGACAAGUAACUCGAAAAAGGAUGAUAGCAUUGGCCAAACUCGUUCCAGGGCUAGUAGCAGCACGAAAGCAUGGCUGCCACCUGGCACAAAGCAAGAGACAACAUGGCAAGCGCGCGACUCUUGAAUGCUGUGAGCAUAUUUUGGAGUUUGGCUACUUUUCCAGAACAUCUUGGGUUAGAUAAAUUAUUCUAGGGCACGAGGCCACGGCCUCGAAGGUUGUGGCCGUGCUUUUUCUUGUAACAUCAUACGAAUGGCAUGAUAGAAAACUACUAUAUACUAGAAUCAAUUGUACUACGAGACUUUCAGAAUGACAAGCCGACCUAGUCCUAGAUCAGGACGCGUUCUCGAUUGGAACACAAAAUUGUAUUUCAGUAACAAUCAUCGUCGGGAGCUCAGUAAGCCCUGACUUAGGCGAUCUUUGCCUCUGAGGUUUGUUGUUGUUUACGCUGCGUGGAUAUCAGUUUCUCGAAACAAACAAGAAAAAUUUUUGUUGCAGCUGUCGGUAAGGAACUACGCCUUCAGUAGGCAUCUCGAUCAGAAAUUGAUGGAAACGGCCCUCAGGAGCUCCAGCUCAGUGCAUCUUGCUCUUGGAUCAUGAUGCAGAGGAGGGAGGGACGGGAUUUGCCCUACCACCUACAAUAAACAUGCCCGUGAAUGAGAU